AUGGUUCAAUUACCUUUAAAUAUUAUAGCAACGGGAAAUGAUUUUAUUGGAGAUAAUUUAAAUAAUAAUUCCUUAAAGCUUAUUUCUUCACAAAAAUUUUUAUUGGCAGAUAUUCUUAAAGCCUCAGCUUUAUUCCUUUUGGUGCUGUGGACAAUUUUAGCAAACUUUCUAGUUUUUAUUGUGCUUUAUAAAAAUCCACGUCUUCAAACAGUUCCAAACCUUUUGGUUGGAAAUUUAGCCUUAUCUGAUUUUUGCUUGGCGCUGAUUGUACUUCCUUUAUCGAGUGUUUAUGCUUGUGCUGGCGAAUGGCUCUUCAAUGAUACUCUUUGUCAAAUUUUUGUAUCUGCUGAUAUUCUCUGCUCUACAGCUUCAAUCUGGAAUCUUUCUAUUGUCGGGCUCGAUAGAUAUUGGGCAAUAACUUCUCCAGUUGCUUACCUAAAUAAACGAAACAAAAAAACAGCCUGUAUAAUGAUUGUUACUGUUUGGUCAUUCUCUGCAUUGAUAAGUUUAGCCCCUCUACUCGGCUGGAAACAAGUUGCUGAGCAUGGAAAUUUAGUGGAAUUGAAUGGAACUUGGCAAUGUGAGAGAAGAAAAUACCUCUAUUCCUUUUUUCUUUACCUUUAA